UCCGCACUAGGGUGGAUGCCAGGUAUUUUAAAACGAAAACACGCAUUAAUUCAUUAUGCCCCGCUGAAGUCGAGUUGUUUUUCACGCACACAAGAUCAGUAUUAAGCAGAGGGCGGACUUUCCGGUCACAACAGUUCAAUGACCCCAUUCAUGGACACAUGGAGCUGCACCCCCUGCUGGUGAAGAUCAUCGAUACUCCUCAGUUUCAGAGACUCAGACACAUCAAACAGCUGGGAACAAAGUAUCUGGUGUAUCCAGGAGCCACUCACACCCGCUUUGAACACUCUCUUGGCGUGGCAUAUUUAGCAGGAUGCCUUCUCAAGAGUCUAAGAGAUAAACAGCCGGAACUGAUGAAACAGCUGAACAUUACAGAUCGAGAUGUGUUGUGUGUUCAGAUUGCUGCUCUGUGUCAUGACAUGGGUCAUGGUCCAUUGUCUCAUUUGUUUGAUGGCAUGUUUAUCCCUCAAGUCCUGCCUGAUAAGAACUGGGAGCAUGAGAAUGCAUCAGUUGAUAUGUUUAAACACAUGGUAGAGAAGAAUGGACUGAAAAAGGUGAUGGAACAGUAUGGAUUGGAUCCUGAUGAAGACAUCGUAUUUAUUGGGCAAUUAAUUAAGAAAGAACGUGAAGUUAGUCAGCGGUCAGCAGAAAAGGCUUUCCUGUAUGAGAUUGUGGCAAACAAAGUAAACGGCAUUGAUGUGGACAAAUGGGACUAUUUGGCUCGAGAUUGUCAUUACCUCGGCAUUCCUAACGGCUUUGACUGUGAACGGCUGCUGAAGUCUGCUCGAGUGUGUGUGGUGGACGGGACAAAGCAGAUCUGCUUCAGAGACAAGGUGGCUGAUAAUGUUUAUAACAUGUUUUACACCCGAUACACUCUUCAUCGCCAGGCUCUACAGCACAACACCGGCUACAUCAUUGACAUCAAGAUGACAGAAGCCCUUAUAAAAGCUAAUGAAAUGCUGAAGAUCUCUGAUGCCAUAUUUGACAUGGAAAAGUUCACCAACCUCACAGAUCACAUCUGUGAUCAGAUCAGCCAGUCAACUGUCCCUGAGUUGAAGGACGCCAGAGACAUUUUAGAUGACAUUACCCAAAGACGUCUGCCAAAGUUUGUUGGAGAGGCCAGACUAAGUGAAGAAAACUUUAAGACUGAACUGAAGAAGAAAUGGACGUUUUCUAAUGUGGACCCUCAAAUUUAUGUGGCCAGUUACAAGCCAAAUAUUCAUCAUGAAUGGCUUGUUAGAGUGUACCACGAACAACCAAAUGUGAACAUCCAGAGGCCUACACAAGAGGAACUUAAGAAGUACUUUGCAAAGUGGUGCGAGGAAUCCCACUUAAUUCCUUCAGAACCUGACAUUAAUUCCAAUCGCCGCUUUGAUCAUGUCCCGCAUAAGGUAAAGUUUAUUGGAGAAGCCAGAAUGGAGAUAGCUGCAUUAAAGACUAGACUGCAGGAAGAGAUAGUCGAGAUGUACAACCAGAAGAAGAACACCAGCCCAGAACUGGAAGCUAAUCACUUCGAAACUUAUGUUCUUGACAUGGGUUUUGGUGAAGUAGGAAAAGAGCCCAUUGAUAAUGUUCAUUUUUACAGCAAGGAAAACCCAGACAUAGCCUUCAAGAUGAAGAAGGAAAAGGUGUCCACUCUCAAGCCGAAGAAGUUUCAUGAAUGGCUCAUUAGAUUGUACUACAAUAACACUGAAGAUAAGGAGCACCAGGCAGAGGUCCAGCAAAUAGCUGAAAAGUGCUUUCAUGAUUGGUGUAGAAAAUCCGAUCUCAUUGAUUCCAGAGAUGAGUCAGAAGCAGAUGUUUCAGUUCAUGUCUUCCAGACUUCCUCAGGCAAGAUCUUCAAUGACCCCAUUCAUGGUCAAAUCGAGCUGCCUCAUCUGCUGGUGAAGAUCAUCGAUACUCCUCAGUUUCAGAGGCUCAGACACAUCAAACAGCUGGGAGGAACAUACCUGGUGUAUCCAGGAGCCACUCACACCCGCUUUGAGCACUCUCUGGGUUCUGCAUAUUUAGCAGGACAGCUAGCCAAGGUACUGCAAGAAAAACAGAAGGAUCUAAAGAUUACUAAAGAAGAUAUCCUAUGUGUCCAAAUUGCUGCUUUGUGCUACAAUUUAGGUCACGGUCCUUUCUCGUAUGUGUUUAAGGACAUGGUCUUCCCUAAAUUGUGUGCUAACCAAUGGAAGCCCGAGGUGGCCUCUGCUUGGAUAUUUCUGGACAUAGUAGAAAGCAAUGAGGCAGUGAAAAAAGCAUUUAAGGAUGAGAAAAUUCUCGAUAGUCUGGACUUUAUUAAGGAUUUAAUUUGUUCUCCAAAGGACGAGCGUGAAAAUCAUGACAAAUCCUUCCUGUUUGAGAUUGUGGCAAAUAAACAGAACUACAUUGAUGUCCGUAAAUGGGAUUAUCUUGCAAGAGACUGUCAUUAUCUUGGGAUCCCAAACAGCUUUGAUCAUCAGCGGCUGCUGAAAUCUGCGCUAGUCUGUAAAGUCCCGAGUCUGGAGAGAAAUCGCAUCUGCUUCAGAGAUAAGGUGGCAGAUGAUAUUUACGUCAUGUUUAACACCCAAUACUCUCUGUAUCGCCAGGCCUACAUGCACAAGACCGUUAAAAUCAUCGAAGAAGAAAUUAGUGGUGCUCUUGUAGAUAUGGUCAAACGGGACAUCUCUGAAAUCACAGAACUCAUUUCACGAAAGGAUUCCAUGAAAACUGAAACCUCAGCGGUCACAAAAGAGAAAAUGGAAAAGUUCCUCAAAUUGACAGAUCACAUCUUUGAGGACAUCUUGUACUCCACUGAUGACGAGCUGAAAAAUGCCCAGAUGACACUUAAGAAAGUUGUCAAGAGAUGCGUUCCAAAGUGUAUAGAAGAGACUCGAAUUACAAACACUGAAAAUAAAGAUCUAAAAGAGUUAAAGGCAAUGCAGGAGAAACGCUGGAAAGAACCAGUGGGCACAUGGAACACAGAUCCCUUCAAUGUCAACUUGAGAGAGGACAUUUUCAAAUUUCGUGUGAAUCGACUGAAUUAUAACCAGAAAGACACAGACCCAGAAAAAGACCCCAUCAAAGUUGUCUAUUUCUACAGGAAGAGGAACCCCACUGAAGUCUUCAAGAUUAAGAAAUAUGAGGUAUCCAGUCUACUGCCAGAGGAGUUUACAGAAUAUAUUUGUAGGGUUUACUACGAAAAGAAAAGUGAUAAGGAGGAGGAAGAAGUUAAGAAGUUCAUGAAUUGGAGGCGCCGUGACAUGGUAGGUGUUUAUGGUACACAGCAAAAAGCCCAGAGUUAAAUUAACUCUCCAGGUAGUUUAUUUGGCUUCAUCCUGAAGAGUGUUAAAGUUAAUGAGGUGAUUAAGUAAUGACUGACCAUUAUCGAAGGCACCUGAUGUUAAAAUGUUUGUCACCAUCAUGGUGGCCAGUGAUUACUUUAAUUGGGCUUUUGAACAUUGAAUUUUGUUUGGCUCAAGCAAACACAAUCAAAUAAAAAAUCAGAAUGAAUUAGUUUAAAAUUUUAUAAAAAUUUUGUUCAGAUUGUGAAAUGGAGUUUAAACCUAUUCUAAUCCGACCGAGAGGACGUAUAAACACCUCAUUGGAUUGAAAAUAAAAGCUACAAAUUUCUGCGCGUGUGCAAUAACGUAAAAACGCAUGGAUGUUGUCAUAAGCUAGAUGCUGAGUGCUAAGCACCAGUCCUUGCUUUUGACUUUCAUCACAGAUGUCUUGCUCUGAGCUCUGAAAGGGACAUUGCAAUGCCUUGAUAAAUACAUGCAGCACAGCACAACACAUUACACGUUUGGUGUCUCCUAAUAAGCAGCAGAAAGAGGUUAAUAUAAGUCUGUUUUAAAACCAAAAAAGCAGCAAUGGUAAAGUGGCUGUUAGAAUGCACAUCUUGAAAUGGUUUAAAUCGUGUGUUCAUGCACUGUGCGAAUAUCAAAAGAUCAAAUUCAAUUGUGUCAUUUAAAUGCGUAUAUCAAUCUGAUUACUUAAUUCAGUGUUCAUGUAAACACUGCAAUCAGAUUCAUAAGUCUUAUUGAUUUCAUUCCCAUCAAAAAGUGUAAAAUAUACCUACUGAUCACUAAGAUUGUGACAAAGAUUGUGAUUUUUCUUUGGUGAUUCCGCUCACUAACAUGAGGUGUCUUCAAUAACGGACAAUCAUCACCUAAUCACCUUAUUAUCUCAUUAACUCUGCUUAAGUGUUAAUUUGACACUCUUCAGUG